CAUGGCCCCCGGCAGCCGGGUCUCUCGUAUAAUAGUCUUCCUUCUUCCUCCUCCUCCGACCUCCCGUAUCUCUCCAAUAAUCCGUGAAGGCGCUGCCCCAUCUCGCCUUCGUCCGGGGGAAGAAGAUGAUGAUGAUCGCGCGCGGCCUGCGCCGGACCAAUGCGUCCUCCCAGUCCCAGGCAAGCAAAUUACUAAAGUAUGUAACCGGUACUGGAAGUUUGCAAGGCCACGUGGAUAAUUUGUCGGAUGCAUCAAUCAGACAUUUCAGUUCAGCACCAUCUCCUCAGUCUAACUCAACUGAAGAAAAUGGGUUUAAAGGGCAUGGCAUGUUGGCACCAUUCACAGCUGGAUGGCAGAGCAAUGAUGUGCAUCCACUGGUUAUCGAGAGAUCUGAGGGUUCAUAUGUUUAUGAUACCAAUGGGAAUAAGUAUCUAGAUUCUCUGGCAGGACUAUGGUGUACAGCUUUAGGUGGUAGUGAGCCUCGAUUAGUGAAAGCUGCAACCGAGCAAUUAAACAAGUUACCCUUCUAUCACUCCUUUUGGAACCGUACAACCAAACCAACCUUGGAUCUUGCAGGUGAUCUUCUUAGCAUGUUUACGGCAAGGAAAAUGGGAAAGGCAUUCUUCACAAAUAGUGGUUCGGAAGCAAAUGACUCGCAGGUCAAGCUAGUAUGGUAUUAUAACAAUGCAUUGGGGAGGCCUAACAAGAAAAAGUUUAUUGCACGAUCAAAAGCAUAUCACGGAUCAACAUUAAUAUCAGCUAGUCUCACUGGUCUGCCUGCCCUUCACCAGAAGUUUGAUCUACCAGCACCUUUCGUUCUGCACACAGACUGCCCUCACUACUGGCGCUUCCAUCUUCCUGGUGAGACAGAAGAAGAUUUUGCAACAAGACUUGCCAAUAAUUUAGAGAAUCUUAUCCUCAAGGAAGGACCAGAAACAAUUGCUGCGUUCAUUGCCGAGCCUGUGAUGGGUGCUGGUGGUGUCAUUCCUCCUCCAAAGACCUAUUUUGAUAAGGUUCAAGCAGUGGUAAAGAAGUAUGACAUCCUUUUCAUAGUAGAUGAGGUCAUUACUGCAUUUGGAAGGUUGGGAACCAUGUUUGGAUCUGAUAUGUAUAACAUCAAGCCAGACCUAGUCACCUUGGCCAAGGCUCUUUCAUCUGCCUAUGUGCCCAUUGGAGCAACUCUUGUUAGCCCGGAAAUAGCAGAGGUGAUUGAUUCCCAGAGCAAUAAGCUUGGAUCAUUUGCCCAUGGAUUCACAUACUCCGGACAUCCAGUUGCUUGUGCUGUCGCCAUUGAAGCCCUCAAAAUCUAUCGGGAAAGGAAUAUUCCUGAUCAUGUGAAGCAAAUCGCUCCGCGGUUUCAAGAGGGAACAAAGGCCUUUGCAGGAAGCCCAAUUGUUGGGGAGAUCCGUGGUGUAGGGUUGAUACUUGGAACUGAAUUCGCCAACAACAAAUCACGAGAUGAUCCAUUCCCUGCUGAAUGGGGUGUUGGUGCGAUCUUUGGAGCGGAGUGCCAGAAGCGUGGCAUGCUGGUUAGGGUUGCCGGCGACAGCAUUAUGAUGUCACCGCCAUUGACAAUGACAGCUGGUGAAGUUGAUGAGCUUGUUAGCAUAUAUGGAGAUGCUCUUAAGUCCACGGAGGAGAGAGUUGCAGAGCUGAAAUUGAAGAAGAAUUAAGCAAGAUACAGCACCAUGCUGAUGAGAUAAUGUGGUGGCGGCGGUGGCCUGGGCAGUGUACAGAAUAACCUGCUGUCAAGUGGUAAUAAAGCACUGGAACAAACACAGUUCUUGAUGCGCAAAAUGGUGAAGCAUUCUUUCACCAGGCAACGGGGAUUGAUGACUUGAUUACACACAAUAUAGAUUUUGUACAAUCUUGCUUGUAAGGAUAACCUGCUAAUUUACUAAAUAAAGCCUGUUAUAAGUUUCUCUAUA